GGGCCGGCCGAAAGGGGCGUCGCCGCCGCCGCCAUCGCCAUGGCCGGUUGUUGUCAGUCCCUGGCAGCGGGUUAUGGCGACGGCGGUGAAUGAAUUCUCCGGGUGGCCGAGGGAAGAAGAAGGGCUCAGCCGGCUCCAGUUCCGUGCCUCCGACCGCCGGCGCCUCUCCCUCCUCGCCGCCCGGGCCGGCGCCCCCCGUGCCGCCGGCGGGGGCGGCGGCGGCGGCGUCCCCGCACAAGCGGAACCUGUACUACUUCUCGUACCCGCUCUUCGCCGCCUUCGCCCUGCUCCGCUUCGUGGCCUUCCAGCUCGGGCUGCUCUUCGCCUGGCUCUGCGAGCGCCUCUCCCGCGGCGCCCUCAUGGCCGCCAAGGGCAGCAGGGCCGGGGCCGGCGACGCGCCCGAGCCCGGUGGGGCGCCCGAGACGGUGCGGGCGUGCCACAAGCGGGCCUUCGAGUGCAUCUCCAUGGCUCUGCGCAUCGACGAGGACGAGACAGCAGGACAAAAGGAACAAGCUGUUGAAUGGUAUAAGAAAGGAAUUGAAGAACUGGAAAAAGGAAUAGCUGUCUUAGUAAUUGGUCAAGGUGAUCAGUGUGAACGGGCUCGACGUCUCCAAUCUAAAAUGAUGACAAAUUUGGCAAUGGCCAAGGAUCGGUUGCAGCUUUUAGAGAAGCUGCAGGCAGUUUUGCAAAUUUCCAAGCCGCAAAUGGAGGUCUAUAAUGACAGUACUAACCUGGCAUGCCGCAAUGGACAUCUCCAGUCAGAAAGUGGAGCAGUUCCAAAAAAGAAGGACCCCCUAACACACACAAGUAAUUCCCUUCCUCGCUCAAAGACUGUUGCAAAAUCCGGAUCCACAGGCCUUUCAGGUCACCACAGAACGCCCAGCUACAGUGGGGUAUCAUCAUCUGUGUCUAGACCAGCACCUAAUCCUACACCUUCAGCUCACAAGGCUGCCCCUAAAAAUAGCAGAACCAAUAAGCCUUCUACUCCUACCACUGCUCCUCGAAAAAAGAAAGACACAAAGAUAUUUAGAAAUGUGGACAGCAAUCUUGCUAAUCUUAUCCUAAAUGAAGUUGUUGAUAGUGGGCCAGCUGUCAAAUUUGAUGACAUUGCAGGGCAGGAGCUGGCUAAACAAGCUUUGCAAGAAAUUGUUAUCCUUCCUUCUCUUAGACCUGAGUUAUUUACAGGUCUGAGAGCUCCUGCACGUGGUUUAUUGCUGUUUGGCCCACCAGGAAAUGGGAAGACCAUGUUGGCCAAAGCAGUUGCUGCAGAAUCAAAUGCUACUUUCUUUAACAUCAGUGCAGCGAGUCUGACUUCAAAAUAUGUGGGUGAAGGGGAGAAACUGGUGCGUGCUCUAUUUGCAGUAGCCAGAGAACUUCAACCUUCUAUAAUUUUUAUUGAUGAAGUUGAUAGCCUUUUGUGUGAAAGACGAGAAGGUGAACAUGAUGCUAGCAGGCGUCUAAAAACAGAAUUUUUAAUAGAAUUUGAUGGUGUGCAGUCUUCUGGAGAGGACAGAAUACUUGUGAUGGGAGCAACAAACAGGCCUCAGGAGCUUGAUGAUGCUGUUCUCAGACGCUUCACCAAACGGGUAUAUGUGUCUUUACCAAACGAGGAGACAAGAUUGAUUUUGCUAAAAAAUCUUCUAAGCAAGCAAGGAAGUCCAUUAACCCAAAAAGAGUUGGCUCAACUAGCUAGAAUGACAGAUGGAUACUCUGGAAGUGACCUAACUGCAUUAGCGAAGGAUGCAGCACUAGGCCCCAUUCGAGAAUUAAAACCAGAACAGGUGAAGAACAUGUCUGCCAGUGAGAUGAGAAAUAUCAAACUGUCGGACUUCACAGAAUCUCUGAAGAAGAUCAAGCGCAGUUUGAGCCCUCAGACCCUGGAAGCGUACAUUCGCUGGAACAAGGACUUUGGAGAUACCACCGUGUGAGACACUGCUUGAAGUGAAACACUGCUGCCUGGGGAGCAGCUGCUGCAGAAAACUGGGAAGCAGCCAGAGUUUACAGGACUUUACAGAUAUUUAAAUAUCUGCAUUAAAACUUGAGAUUAAGAGAAAAUUAUACAAUGUGAAAUGUGUUCAUCAUCAAAGCCUCCUUGGCAUUUAGUGAGGAUUUACACACUGUAAGAAAGAGCACAACAGGACUUGAGAUAAGUAAGAUUCCUAGCAAUCUGAUUCUGGUUUGAACAUUAAUAUAUGUAUAUUGUUUCUGCUACAAGUCUCUGAUGAUAUUGAUCAUUGGAGGACCUUUCCCUUUGUUGUGUGUUUUUUUGUUUUUAAUUUUGCCAUGACGUUGAUGAACAAUGAACUUGGAACAAUGGUGUUCAAUUUGAGGUUUGUAAACUGCAGUACAUUUUUUUGACUUUUUUUAUCCUUAAUGUGCCAAAUAAAACAAUUUCCCUGUGCAGAGUGGAAGAACAGCAUUGGGGAAUUACGAUUAUUAAAAUGUUAAAAGUAGCUGGUCUGUUAUUUUUUGUCUUUUUAUUUUGUUGUAAUGUGACUGAAUUGUUCACAGGACAGGUUUAAAGAAGACCUUUGAUAGCAGAACAGCAAAAAACUCCAACCUUAUAAAACCAACUCAAACUGCCUUUUAAAAGAAAAAUUACUAAAUAAAAGAAUAAACUGAGAUACUCAUUUACUGGCAGUAUUUUCUCUUAAUGCAUUUUGUAACGCUUUCAUUGGUAGAAUGUUAGCUUAUGCUUACAGUGUAUAACUUGAGCCCAGCUGAUGUUUGAGAGAGUAGGUGAUGCUAAUUGUUGAGUUUCAGAAAUGACGUGUUUCUACUCUGUAUUUUGGUCUGUUUAUGAUAAUUGAAAGUAAAAUUUCCAUUGUGAUAAUUUUUUUAAUCUCUACAUGUAAGCAUUAAAACAUGAGGCAACAUGUUUAAUACAUAGCACACAUUAAUGUUUUUAUAGCUUUCAUAUGUUUCAGUUUAUAUAUUAAAGUAUGAAACACUCAACUGAUCUGCUUUUUUAAAAAGAAACUGCAUCUUUGUACAAAUACUUGUUUUUAUUAUAUAAAUGACAAGCUAUUAAAAAAAAAAAAAACAAACUCUUAAAUGAUAGCCUUUAAAUACCAUAAUAAAGGAAAGCAUUUUUGCCUUUACUUCUAAAGGCCCAACAUCUUGUUUACAAAUUCUACACAGAUUAAACACAGAUGUUUGCAAGGCAGAACACUAGUUCCUUGUUAAAGCAGGUUUGUGGGUUGUUGAGUUCUUUGCUUUUUGGUUGGUUUGGUUUUUUUUUUAUACACCUCUCCCAACUUAGUGAUACUGCAAAAAUGCAUAUUGUUUACUGUUGUUUUAAUGACAAUGAGUUGUAAGUGUUAUUUGCUUUUGGUCUUAACAGAAAA